AUGAAAGAGAGUAAAGCUAUUUAUGUAACUAAACGUGAUAUUAAACUAGAACUAAAUAGAGAAUAUAGAUUUUGCGCCAACAGCAACGCAAAAGACAGGGAUUUUUCGCCCGUGUCUACAAGAUGUGAACAGAAAACUCAUGAAGUGGGUUGCCAAUAUAAUUCUAAGCGGGAUAACGUGAUAUGCACAUGUAAAAACCUUGGUAUACUUAAAAAGAGACAAGAAGUCCGAUACUUUGGAUUACCAAAUCAAACGUACGCUUACCAAGGUUCUAAGAGUUAUACUGAGAUAGGAGUAGGCAGCGUCAAGGCGCUACAAAGAAAGAAAGUUAAGAAAAUCUACUUGCCUGAAACUGACGAUAUUGGUGUUGGCAGUUCUGACCUUUGUUCGUUUUUGUUACGAAGAAAUAGACAACACAGUCAAAAUUGUUAUUAUGAAAGUAAAAGAACAUCGUCAAAGUGUGUGGGCGGUUUUAUAGACUUUAAGACUAAUAGUGUCUUGAGCGAGAAGUUGUCCCCUAUAGUGCAGACUAUAUCGGGAGCCACUAGCCCCAGACAUUCGAGAUUCAACAGGAACAUUGAAAUAGGAAGCAACACUGUCGUUAAAAGUCUAACAAACACAACAACACAAGUCGAAGAAACUAUAGAAAAGGAUACUGAAACAAAACCUGAAAACAACAUUGAAGAUAUAUUACAAUCCAUAAUUUUUCAGGAAGAACCAGAGGACAUGCAAAAUAAAAAAGUGUUUUCAUACAAACCUUUGGAAAGGAACGAAUUGCCUCCAAACCAAGUAUAUUCUUCAGAUUCUUUAGAACAACAUGUACAUGACCUUGAAAAUCCAAGUGAUGAUAAACUGAGCCGUUUCUCCGUAGAUACUGAGGACCCUAUGGAGAACAAGCUCGAGAGAGAAUACAGGAGAAUAUUUGCAGCCAAAUCUAAGUCUAGAGAUACUAAACCAACUGCUGAGGGACCCAUUCCAGAUUUUAAAAGCGCUUCAACCACAUUAAGACAAAGAUUCGAAGCUCUGAGGCGAGGUUUGACGAAGAAGGAAGAUUCUAAGAAGAAUUCUAUUAUUGUGAAUAAAGUGCCUAGCCAAAAUAGUGCAGCGAGCCAUAAGGAUGUGUCAAUAAAUUCAGAUCCACCAUCUCUUGAAGGAAGAUCGUAUUCAAAUACGAGAACGUAUACCCCAGUAUCUCCAUCAUGUAGUCGCGAAAAACCGGUCUUCCAUCCCAGGACUUCACAUUAUAGAAGAUCAGUUACUGGCCCCAAAAAAGAGAGAGGUAGUGAUCAGUGGUCAUUAAGACCAGAUGACGAUGACAGCGAAUGCCAAGGAGUGAAAGGCAUGUUCAAAAUAUGGGGCAAAAAAUUCAACUUGGAAGAAGAGCAUUACAAGAGACCAUGCACCCCCAUACCAUCUUUUAACACCCCAAAGAAACCCACAGGAACAACAAAGAAGAUUCAAGAAUCUAAAGGAGACAUGAAAGCAGAUGCCCCUAAAAAAAAUGCGGCAGAGAAGAAAGAGGGCCGAAAGUUCUUCUUCUUUAAAAAGAAAAAUAAAGACAAGUCUCAAAAAACGAAGAAAGGCCUUACUACUGGUCGUUGUGAGGUAAGAGAAGGCUUGGUGAUUAAGAUAGCAGGCAACAAUCUUGUUCGAGAGGAAGCUGCGGAUAAACCAGAAAAAGUAGAGGAACCAGCACCCGCACCUGAAGCUUACGAGGAAAUGGCGAGAAGAGCAUGGCUUAAGAAAUUCCUUUCGAGUAAUAUUGAGUCACGGAAUAGUGUCAAAGUACGUUGGAAUAACAAAACCUACCGCCGAAGCAGUAGUACGGUCUUUGAAUUGAUGGAUAAUGUUUACAAAGACACUGGAGUCGUUUUUAGAUCAAAAAGCCAAGUGAACGCUAAGCCAUCAUAUAAGUCUUAUACAAAACAACAUGUAAACUUUGUCCAACAAAACAUUGAAGCUUGGAUGAUACCAAAAACUGUAACUGAUAAGCCAAAGCUUAUUUUAGGCAAAUCGAAGUGUAAAUCUAACGAAGAUAGAAAUGAUAAUAUGGAAGUUAGAAUUUCAGAUCAAAAAUGGUUCAUCGACAAAUCUAAAGCAUUUUCCCAUAAAAUAGAAGUGGUUUUACAUUCGAAAAAUUUUAGAAAACUUAAUAGGGCGGAAAGUUCUGAUUAUUUAAGGAUUGAUAUUCCUAAAGGUUUCUUUGUCGAUUCUAGUAGUGACGAACAUAACAGAAAUCCCAAUAACCAAUCCAGCGAUGAGGAAGUGUAUAAAAUUGUUGAAUAUGAAACUGCAAGUGACUUGAAAAAGCAGAAAGCUCCUUCUUUCGACACAGGAGAUUAUGUACAAAAUAAUAUAAAAGUAACCGUUAGCGUGCAAGGAAGCAAAGAUGGUGCUUUGAAGAUUUUGGAUCCUGAAAAGCCGCCGGUAAGCAGAGACGUGGUGAUACAAGGCAGCAAUGUGUAUAUACCGAAGAGGUGCGACGUGAUUGGUGUAGGAAUCAUCACGCAGAGGGAAAUGAGGGAAAUACGCAAGCCAAUCUUGAAAAUCGCAGAUGACUAUACCGACGAAGAUUCAGAACAUAACGUUCUCAAACCACAACAGAAGAAAUGCGAGUUUGCUGAGAGUUACCUACAAGAGUAUUACCGUAACUGGACUCCUCUGGGCUUGGAUUUGUACUCGUGGUGUGUCAGUGACUCCCAUUUGAGGUGCUGCUCAGAAAGCUCAAAAACAAGCUUCAAUAACCAAGGCGUAGGAACAAAAUCCUGUCCUAACAUUUAUGACGACUUUCAAACAUCUACCAUCGUUUCAUCUUGUGGAGCUUCGUCUUGUAGCCAAUGCCACAAUCACGAGGGAGAUGAUAAGCCCCCUGAUAAAUUUUCAUGGUUUGGAAAGUUGUUAAAAAAAUCUGCUAAUAAUAAUAAUAAAAAGGUCACUAGUCAAAACGUACACAAUAAUAAAAAGAUAACUAGUCGAGACGUACAAAAUAAUAAAAAAGAGGAGUCGCUGCCACCGUGUAGAAGAGACAUCAUCCGAACAGUAUUGCCCAAAGACUCUGUCGAAGUGUUUAAAAGGAGGAAGAUAUAUGCUAACAGCAAUAAAUCCAAAUGGACUGGACCUUGUCCAGAAAUCUGUCUACCGUACUCAACGCCAAGUAAUGAGAGCAAAAGUGCUCAGAACACCUUGAGUGAAUGCCCGAAGCUGAUGAAGCCUUGUUGUAAGGUAACAGAGCCAAAACCGAGACCAAAGUCAUGCAAGAAGCAUGUUUCCCUCCCUGACUGUGACGCGAUGAAUGAAUUGUUAGCAAAGCAGCUUGCAGAGAUGCCUGAAGGCAUUCUAGCGUUCAAAAGCGGCACGAAUUGCGAAACCUGUAAGAAGAAGUCACCUUGCCCGAAGCAUGCGAAAGUGAAUCUAGACCCUCCUUGUGAGAUACCGCGACAACCGUGCAGAGAUGAUUGUGAGAUGAUGGACAAUCCUCCAUGCGCAAAUUCGACCGUACCUUGUGAUGAUACACCACCGUGUCCUGCAGCUGGCCCACCGUCGUGUCCUGCAUCUCGCCCACCACCGUGUCCUGGCAAAAAAUCGUGUCCUUCAUCUCUUCCACCACCAUGUCCUGGAUCCAGCUCACCGCCGUGUCCUGGCUCACCGCCGUGUCCUGGAUCUCGCCCACCGUCAUGUCCUGCAUCUUGCCCACCGUCCUGUCCUGCAUCUCGCCCACCGUCCUGUCCUACAUCUCGUCCACCAUCCUGUCCUGCAUCUCGACCACCAUCCUGUCCUCCAUCUCGCCCACCGUCGUGUCCACCCACCCCUCCGCUUUGCAUUAAAGUCUCUUCGUGCCCAACGACUCCUCCUUUUAACAGAUCUCACCUAUCUCCCCCAAAAUAUUGCAGGAAACCGACAACUUGUCCUCCAAAGCCACCUCCACCUUGUUUUACGAUGUCCCCACCAUGCCCUCCAGCCCCUCCUCCUUGUAGGCAACAACCCCAACUAGGUCCCCCAAAGCCACCGCCUAGUCCCCCAAGACAACCAUAUUGUCCCCCAAAGCCUUGCAAAGAAUCACAACCUUAUGUCCCACCGCCACCGCCUAGUCCCCCAAGGCAACCGUAUUGUCCCCCAAAGCCUUGCAAAGAAUCACAACCUUAUGUCCCACCGCCACCGCCUAGUCCCCCAAGGCAACCGUAUUGUCCCCCAAAGCCUUGCAAACAAUCACAACCUUAUCGCCCACCGCCACCGCCUAGUCCCCCAAGGCAACCGUAUUGUCCCCCAAAGCCUUGCAAACAAUCACAACCUUAUGCACCACCGCCACCGCCUAGUCCCCCAAGGCAACCGUAUUGUCCCCCAAAGCCUUGCAAACAAUCACAACCUUAUGCCCCACCGCCACCGCCUAGUCCCCCAAGGCAACCGUAUUGUCCCCCAAAGCCUUGCAAACAAUCACAACCUUAUCCCCAAUCGCCACCGUCUAGUCCCCCAAGGCAACCGUAUAGUCCCCCAAUGCCUUACGAAGAAUCACAACCUUACACCGAAUCGCCACCGCCUAGUCCCCCAAGGCAACAGUAUUGUCCCCCAAAGCCUUGCAAACGACCACAACCUUAUCCACAAUCGCCGCCGUCUUGUCCCUUAACGCCACCGUCUUGUACUUCGACGAUGUCUUGCCCUUUUUCUCCUCCAACAUAUGAGGAAACUCCCCAAUAUGCUCCAAAACCUUGCAAGAAACCGCAACCGAAUUAUCCCUCAACGCCGCCGUCUUGUCCUUCGACGGUGUCUUGCCCUGCUUCUCCCUCUUCGCCUCCAACAUAUAAGAAGAGUCCUCCAUAUCCCCCAAAACCUCACAAGAGACAGCCACCUCGUUCCUCAUCGCCACCGUCUUAUCCCUCAACGGCACCAUCUUGUCCUUCGCUGCCACCGUCCCGGCCCCCAACCCCUCCAAAUCGUAAGAGGACUCCGUUACCACGUCCAUCACCACCUCCGCCCCGUCGACAAUCUCCCCCUAGAUAUCAGAAUUCACCGCAACCGUCAUGUCCACCGAACCCUCCAUGUAAAACAAGAGGAGGUUAUCCACAAUCCCCGCCUGUCGGUUACAACCAGCCUUCCCCUUGUUACUCAUGUACGUCACCCCUAUCGUGUCUGAAGAAGACAAGCCGCCCUUCAACUCCUACCCCGUGUAAGAAGCAUUCCUGCCAACCGUCAACGCCUCCACCGUGUAAGAAAAAUCCAAGCUGUCCAUCAGCUCGUCCGCUAUGUAAAAAACCUGCGAGUUCGUCAACUCCUCCGUCAUGUAAGAAACCUCCAUGUUGUUCAACUCCUCCUCCUCCAUGUAAAAAACCUACAAGUUGCCCAACUCCUCCCCCAUGCAAAAAACCUCCAAAAUGUCCCCCAACUCCUCCUCCAUGCAAAAAACCCCCAACUCCUCCUCCAUGCAAAAAACCCCCAACUCCCCCUCCGUGCAAAAAACCACCAAAAUGUCCAACACCUCCUCCUCCAUGUAAAAAACCCCCAAGCUGUCCCCCAACUCCUCCUCCAUGUAAAAAACCACCAAAAUGUCCCCCCACUCCUCCUCCAUGUAAAAAACCACCUAAAUGUCCAACUCCUCCUCCUCCAUGUGAAAAGCCUCCCAGUUGUCCCCCAAGUCCUCCUCCGUGUAAGAAGCCCCCCACUUGUCCCCCGAGUCCUCCUCCGUGUAAGAAGCCAUCAUGUCCCCCGAGUCCUCCUCCGUGUAAGAAGCCAUCAUGUCCCCACGAUCCUCCGUGCAAAAAGAAGCCACCGCCCUGUCCUGGUUCCCCUCCACCACCUCCGUCCCCUCCGCGCGAUAAAAAACCACCGCCGCCAUGCCCACCCACGCCGCCUGUCUCCCAAAAACUGCCCCGAUCGCCCCCAUCAUGUCCGCAAAUCUGUCUCGACUCGUGCCCUCCUUCUACACCGAAGUGUCCUGUCUCACCCACUCCAUGUCCCUACGUUCAACCAUGUCCUUGCACUCCGUCGGUGUGUUCGCAACCGCCACCAACUGCUGCCAAUCCCAUACCAUGUCCUCAUGCACCACUUCAUUCCCACACCGCGCCCUGUCCUCACGCUCCACGUUGUCCCUUCGCGCCACCGUGUGACUACUCACUACCAUGUCCCCACGCCCCGCCGUGUCCUCAACCUCCACCGUGUUUCCCUCCCCCGCCUUGUACCCCACCCCCGGAUCCUGCUCCUCCUAAGUGUCCUCACACCCCACCGUGUCCAAAAGCCCAACCAUGUCCCGGCACGCCGCCGUGUCCCAAAUGCCCACCACGUCCUCAAACUCCGCCAUGUCCUCAAACUCCACCGUGUCCCCACACGCCACCGUGUCAGAAAUGCCCAACUUGUCCUCACACGCCACCGUGUCCAAAAUGCCCAACUUGUCCCCAUGUACCACCGUGUCCAAAGUGUCCCCACUCGCCACCAUGUCCAAAAUGCCCAACUUGUCCUCAACCGCCACCGUGUCCCCACACACCACCGUGUCCAAACUGCCCAACUUGUCCCCAUGUACCACCGCCUCCAAAAUGCCCAAUAUGUUCAAACACGCCGCCAUGUCCAAACACGCCACCGUGUCCAAAAUGCCCAACGUGUCCUAACCCGCCACCGUGUCCAAAAUGCCCACCGUGUCCCCACACGCCACCGUGUCCAUAUUGCCAAACGCCACCAUGUCCGAAAUGCCCAACGUGUCCUCAUACGCCACCGUGUCCAAAAUGUGCAACAGCUAACACGCCACCGUGUCCAAAAUGCUCACCUUGUCCCCACACACCACCGUGUCCUAACCCGCCACCGUGUCCCAAAUGCCGAAAGGUUCCCAAAUCCCCACCAUGUACUAAAACCCCACCAUGUCCUGCGAUGUCACCGUCCGCGCCGCCGUGUCAGCGGCCACCGGCCUGUCCCCACACACCACCGUGCACGACACUGCAGCUAUCCUCUUCACCACCGAGCGACGGUCCUGAUGAUAAAUCCCCUUUUGCGUCCCCAUCCUGCCCAGCAUCACGUCCGUCAUGUUUCUCUGUAAGCUCACAAUGUCCCGAACCACCACCAUCCUGUAAAAAAACGUCAAGUGGUUUGGGCAAAAAGAUAUCUCCGUUCUUCAAAAGGAAAACAAGUAAAGGUUCAGGUCAUCGCAAACAUAAAGGAACUAAAGACUGUCAAAAUACAUGUCAGCAUUCGCCAUGCAACACAUGUGUACCAUCCCCUUGCAGAAACUAUUCAGCUACGUCAUGUUCGUUUGGCUCCAUCUCUAGGUCACCUGAAGCACCAUUCGUUUAUUCUCCUAUUCAUCCAUGUCCCAUUGAACCUGAAAAACCAAAGAAGGCACCACUGCCAUGCGAUUCAUCUCCUUGCAAUAAGAGACAUUCUAAAAAUAAAUCUCGUUCACGUGACGAAUAUAAGAAUCCCAACUCAAUUAAAUCGGGACGACGAACCGGUGAAAAUCAGCAAUGCGAUGAUUUUCCCUGGCCUACGAAAAAUCAGAUUUCUAAUCAGUCGUCAAUCACAUCACUGUUUCGUACCAAGAAUGAACCCGCAGAAACAUUAGUUUACGGGCAAUGUAAGAAAGACUGCCCAAUGAUGCCUCGAUUGUCUUGCAACACGAUACUUUCACCUGAAAAGGAAUGCAAUCAGCAAACCUGUCCAAAUAAACAGGGAUCACCACCGAUGUUGCCUAGAUUGUCUUGUAGCACGAUACCUUCACCUAAACAGGAAUGCAAGAAAAGCUGUCCAAAUAGACAGGGAUCACUAUGUCCUCCUUCUAUACCGGAAAUGCAGUGCCCCCAGCCCAGGCCACCACCAGCUCCCACAGUACUUCAAAAACCACACACGUUGGGACCUGAAAAUCCUAGAUGCAGAUCUAGAAUAGGUGGCCUGUCUCUUAAAAUGAUGCCCUAUAGAAAACCAACAUGUUCCAAAGAUUGCCUAGCUUGGCAAAGUACACCCGGUGAUGACGGCUGUAUUAGUCUCAAUUCCGAAGAAAAAAUAACGAUAAGAUUAAAGAAAGAAAAUCCUAGCACCAUUGAGCUUAGAGAAGGUAUGAAUAUAAAAGUGCAAGACGAAGACGGAAUGACCUUAUUUGAGAGAAAAGAUUACAGGCUACAGCAUGCCGAUUGCACUAUUCAGCGGCCGUCGUUACUAGGUGAAAUGUUCAAGGCUUCAGAAGUACGAAGACUAACUACUAACAACUCUGUGCAAGCAUUUGUGGCAGAUAACAACUCUUUUAAAGGAAUGACAGAAAUUAAAAGCGAAUCCAGUAUUGCAAACCUUAUAGAAAUUCAGUUCAAAUUAAAAGUCACACAAGGUGAGAAGACCACCGAAAUCAAUAUAGCGAAUGAUGGUGACAGGGAAAACGAAAUAGAAGACAACAUAGAGCGUAGCGAAGGCAUCAAACAAAUGCCUCAAGAAGUUUUCGUUAUGAAUAACGAGGGCGAAAGACUUGCAGACCAUUCGGACCGAAAGAAUGAUCUGAAUAUACGUAUCGUGAUAAAAAACUUCAAACCUAAAAAUGAAAAGAAAUCCGGAAGCUCAAAGAACGGUGAUUACAGUAAAGACUUUUCUGAAAAGAUCUCUGCCAAAUUCCAUAGCGUGUCAACUGGCUACAGUGACGAAUUACAUGAUGAUAACGUUUUCUCAGUGCACAGAGCUACUAUCGAUCUUACGUCAUCAGUAGAUAAUAAGUCCAGGACGUACAGCGAAGAAAUUAUGAGUGAAACGUUAAUAGGGCUUGGGAGGGGACCUGUUAUGGGAUCUUCGGAACAAUCCGUUUGUAGAUGUGUCACGGACAUGUCUGAAGGGAAAAGCGAAGAUAUGGAAGCUAAAUCAACAAGUCAAAAGUAUAGUACGACUAAAGAUAUUCAAGAGACCCUAGAUGAAACUGAUACAGAAAAACUAACUGAUCACAAAUACGAAUAUACAGAGGAAACGGAUACUGAGAAACAAAUAAAAUAUGACACCGAAGAAACUGACACGGAAAAACAAGUUGAACCAAAGUACGAUAAUUUUAUGUCUACAGACACAGAUGAACCCAAUGCAUUGUCAGGAAAAAAGAAGAGUAUAGAGGUCAUCGUUAAACCUCACACUAAAGAAGAAAAGAAGGAAAUGUUGAAACAGGUGUUUGAGAAAGCUCAAGAAACAACAGCCAAAACUAAAACCCGAAUGAGGAAGCUGCGGGAUAUGCUGAGAGUCAUUCUAACGUCAGAUAGCAGCGAUCACGAAGAAGCAAACCGACCAACGAAUGAUGUAUCAAAUGAUGUAGCUUAUGCGGCGUUAAAACCAAAUUAUUAUACUGACAGCAUGAACAAUUAUUACAGAGAGAGCAAUGAAGCACUAACAGACGAAGAAAUAAACAAACAAGUUGUUUAUCCAACUAUAGAAAAUAGCGAUUGCACUGACAGUAACCACAGCGAUGAAUUAUCAUCUGACAAUGAAGAACAUCCAGAAGGUGGAUGCAUGUGUUGUACAGUGGCUGCUAGAUUAAAACUAGCUUCUAGAAUAGAAGGGGAAGGUUGCUGCUGUGGACCAAAGCCACCAGCUAAGAAAAGCGAAGAAGUUACUUGCAAUCUGAAAAAGGAGUCAGAUUACUGCCCAUGUGAUAUGAUACCCGACUAUGUGGACGCCGAAACGCAAAAGUCACAGUUAUUGACAAACAAAAUGAAUAAUGCUGAUUUGUCAGCACACAAAAAUGUGAAGACUAGCACUACAGCGAGCAUUUCCAUGAAAGAAGAUGUCAAAUCAAAUUCUGUAGUUGUAAAUGUGAACGACAGACAGCUUAGUUCUAGGAAUACGUUGUCGCGUCGUAUGGUUCAUGUUAAAGAAUGCGUAACGAGAAAAAUGACCAGGAACACGACACUAAGUAUAUCAGAUGAAGAUAAAAUCGUAUUAGUAAGUGAUAAUUCCACCAUGUUCAAUGAUAGUUAUAGAUUAAAAGAUAAAGCUGCUACGGACACGACGCAAGAGCCGCAAGGGCUUUCAAUAAUUCAUGCUUCGGACAUACUACAGUCUUACGAAACUAAGAAAGCAGUUUUAGAGAUUUAUACCGAAAAGACAGUUUCGGAUGACGGAGAAAGAUUGGUAGCUAAAUUACCGAAAUUCGUGUACGACAGAGAGAAUGAAAUUCAAACGAAUUAUGAGGCGAUGGCGUCGAAUACUUAUAAAACUGUGUGUAAAAGGAAUAUUGUAAUGAUGGCUAUUAAUAGAUAGUAGCAAAUCUAGAGGGUUUAUUUGUCUUUUACGGAAAUCUGUGUCGACUGUUUAGGUUUUUUUUUAUUAUUAUUUGUUUUUAUAAAUAUACGGUAUUUGUUUCUUUA